AUGCUUGAGACAAAAUCAGAGUCCUCAGAUGAGAAAAGUAAACUAGAUGUGUUUUAGAGAGCUGAACUUAAGUAAGCAUAUCAUAAAGUGAUAAAGGAUCCUUCUAAUGUAAAGGACACAUAAGGCAAGAAGAGGAAAAGGCAUAAUACCCUAGAUCAAACCUCUAAAGACAAUAGGAAGAGCAAGCAAUUUUAAUAUAGAGAGCCUGAGUCCCCAUCAAUGGCUUAGAGGAAAAAGAAAGAGCAUUUAAUACAUGAAAGAAAGAUGCAGCUGGGUGGAAACAACUUUGAAGAGGAACAACAAUUGAUAUUAAGAGAUAAAAAGAUCUAUAAUCAUGUAGUUAUCGAUGACAUCGUCAAUUCAGAAGUUCGUAAAUGUGAGAUCGACCUUGAGGAGUGUCAGCCAUUACUAGCAUAGAACACUAAAACAAUAAAUCAUCUAGAAGUCAAUAUUAGACAUUUGGUCAAAUAGAAAAAAGCAAGAGAUGAGUACAUUAGUAGAAUAAAUAAGAUGGAAGAAGCAAGCAAGGCGAUCAUAGCAUCUUUGAAGAGUGGAGAGUUGCUUGACCCGGAUAACUAAAAUGUACCAUUUUAAGAAUAGUCAGUCCUGCAACAACUAAAAACUCUAAGAUAGAGAUAUAACAUUAAAGAAGUUGAAAGAGAUAAUCAGCCACUAAAGACUGGUCAAAAUGGAGUAAUUUUUAGUGAAAGUCUUCUUAGCAAUAAAGACUUAUUUUUGACAUAUAAAAAGAGGAAGUUAAUGGGGGACAACACUGUUGAAGCUCGAAAAAAUAGAGAGCUUAUUAAUAUUAAAAACAAGUUGUAAUUGCAGUACUAAGAAAAUAGAAACAUCAAAAAGAAAAAAUAAAGCAGCAUAACAACUAACAAUUGCUAUACCUCUGCUGCGAAUCAUUACUCACAAAAAUCUGAAAUUGACUAGAAUUACUUUGGCUAGAUGCACUCUAGAACAAGCAGAGUCGGAUCUCCUAGUAAUUUUUCAUAAGAAUUUAAUACUGGUUAAAAUUCAUAAAGAGACUUGGGAAAUACUAGAAUCGAAUCUAAGAGAAAUUCUAGACUUGUUAGCUUUAUCAAAUAAAACUAGGAUGAAAAAUCUAGAAAUGAUGUAGAGAGUCAAAGUUAUUACUAGAUUGAAGUUUAGCAAGGAAAGUAGAAUAAUCGAAGUAAAAUUAUGAGUUUUAGAGGUAGUGAUCGCAAUGUGCAGCCACCUAAUUAAUAUUUUAAUAGCUCUAGAGUCAGCUCUAAAGAAAAUUUUGAUAUGCAAGGUCCCACUACUCAUAAAACUCAAACAAAAUUAUAAAAUACUAAGUCCUUAAAAAAGAAUGAUAGUCAACUAUCAGACAUAAUAGUAGAAGAAUCAUACAGAUAGAGUCAUAAGAAACAUACAAAGCUUUAGACUCAAUCACCAAAUCCUUAAGUCAAAUUUGAGGAAAAAAAAUCAUAGCAUCCAGUAUCUCAUCAGAUGUCAAAUAAGGAUUUGAUAUUAAAUGAAUAGCAGAAUUACACUGUUGAUUCUAACAUUAAUUUCAACUAUAAUACCAAGAAAAAUGAUAUCAUGUAGCCUAGAUCAAAAUCUGUAGCUAGAUAAAGAUACGCAGAUAAUACAAACCAGCCAAUUAGAAGAAAGCUUGUUAAUAAUUAUCAGAAUAUUGAGGAAAAGAACAGUACAGUUCCAACACUAAACUUAUUUAAUUCUCAAUCCCCAAGUAGAGUAAACCUUAGUCUUACAAGAACUUUCAAGUCUAAUCAUAAAAAUGAUAUGAGUAAUAACUCUUAUCUGAAUAGACCAACUAAUGAUACAUUCUUUAGUCUGAGGAAGCAAACAGAUUAAAGUGAUUCUAUUAUGAACUAAAUCUUAAGGAAAAGUUUAAAAAAUAAUCAGCGAGGGAUGAAUAUAAUGGUAAAUAGCAGCAUGCAGUUUCAACGCAAAAAUCAAAGUCUAAUCGACAACAAUUAAAGCCAGAGUAAUAAGUAACUAAUGACUUCAAAUAUGAGGGCACAGAAUAUGUCAAUAAACAAUAUAUAUCAGAAUAUGAAAACUGAUGUCACAGAUGAAAGUACAGGCGAAUAUUGUGGAAACUCAACAAGAAACAUGGUGAAACAGUAUUUAAGCAAUUUAGCUACCAGGCCUCCAACCUUCAAUGUGAAUGUUUUGGAUGCAAGAAAUAUCAAGCCAAAUAGAGCUAAUUCUGAUCUUAAGCGAGGAUAGAAGAAUACAUCUUCAUCAGAUUUGAAGAUUGAAUCAUCAACGAAAAUAAAUAAUGCUACUUUUAUCAGUCAUUUGGAAAAUCGAUCUAUAUCUACUAACCGAGUAAAUUAAAAGUUCAAUGAGAGAACCCCCUCUAUGAGUGAUAAAGAAUAUAUAGAACAUAUAAAAUCUCAUCCAUUUAGAUGGCAACUGUAAAAGAAUCUGUAAAAGAUAGUCGACAGUAGACAGGAAAAAAGAUAAGUAAUUGAGAAAAUUCUAGGCAACUGCAAUUAGAUAUAAGAAGAAACUGAAGAUUAGCUUUAAGAAUGUGAGUACAAGUAAUUAAUGAAUAACUUGAAGAUUGGCAAUUUCAAGAAGCUCUGUGACGCCAUUAAAGAAAUAGAGUUUGCUGAUUCGACCACUUUAAAAGUUUUAUACCAGUACAAGCAGCAAAGUAAAUUUGAAAAUGAGGAUAAUGCCCUGGAAGUUCAAAAAGAAUAUAAAUCAGGGAUUAUGGAUCCAUCAAGAAUUGCAGCAUAAUUUGAGAGACUAAUGAAUGUGAAGAAAAUAGUAGGCAAGAAAAAGAUUGUUCAGGAAAAUGAUAAAAAUUAUAAGUAACAGAGAGAGUUGAAGGGACUAAUGUCUCUUUGUUGA